GGAAUGGAAACAAUUGACUAUGGAGCAAAGUAAAUAUUUGAUCCAGGUCCGACCUCCUGGAGACACCCUGCCUGAUAUUAUCAGAUCACUGGUGACUGAUCUCAAUAUCACCAAUGCUGGAAUACUCUACGAUGAAAGUUUCGUUAUGGAUCACAAAUACAGAAGCCUACUGCUCAACCUCCCAACUAGGCAUAUAAUUAAACCUCUGGAAACUACAGAUGCUGGAAUUAAGGAUCAACUAACCAGAUUGGAGUCGGUGGAUAUCAACAACUUCUUUGUUCUUGCAAGUCUGGCAAAUUUGAAAAUGGUAUAUGGAGUAGCAAGCAGAAAGGGGAUGACUGGAGAAAAAUAUGCUUGGUUUGCUGGAACAAAGGAUUCUGGUCAAGAGUUUGAUCAAACCUGCUGCGAGCGAAUGAAAGUUGCAUUCUUCCAUGCUUCCCCCAUACCAUCCAAUAUAAUGCGAAGCUUGAAGACUAUGAAGAACGGGUUGACCGGCAUGCCUGAAGUCGAUGCAGGAUUCUACUUUGAUCUAGCGGUCAGGGCAGCUACCAGCAUGAAGAAGCUUAUGGCAGGAGGAAGCCUUCCCAAUUACUCUCUAUCCAAGUGCAGUGAGUAUACUGAAACAACACCAGUGGCAAGAAGUAUUGAUCUUCUCUCGGUUUUUAAGGUUGAUAACCCUGGAAUGUCCUAUGCCUAUGGACCAAUGAAGAUCUCUUCCAAUGGAUUAAGCAUGAUGAACUUCAAAGUCAACCUCCUGAGUUAUACUAUCGAGAGUAUGAAAGUUGCGGACAGGAAGGAGAUAGGAAGCUGGGAAUGGGGAAGUAGUAUCAUGUAUUCUCCUGGUAUGAUGAACUCCAUGUCAGGGUUUAGGGCGACCACGGUGUACAGGGUGGUCACGGUGCUCCAGGCCCCCUUCAUGAUGAUGGACGAGCAAGGUAACAGUUGUUUUAACAAAUCUUUCAUUUCAAAAUCUAAAACAUGUUCUCUAGAAACCACACCUGAGCCCAAAAUUUUAAAGAGUAUCGUUGAACGAAACUCCCAAGUUUCCAUUUUAGGGUCUUAACAGUUUUGUAGAUUU